AACUGGCUGUUUUACUAAAGCGAAGUUCCUUCUUGCGGUUAUCAACUGCAUCAUUGAAACAAUUAACAAUUGCAGUUUGUGGCAUGUCGGACAUAGCUGAAAUGCGGACUCCUUAUCGAAGUACAGCUGACACAUUUGACCUUGAUGAUCUAGUUUCAAAAGAUCCAUUCAAGCAGUUUCAGAACUGGUUUGAAUUUGCACGGUCCCACCCACAUAUUGAGGAGGCGAAUGCCAUGGCUCUGGCUACUUCUACAAAAGACGGUUAUCCCUCUGUACGCAUGGUUCUGAUGAAGGGAUACGACCACUCAGGGUUCCAGUUCUUCACCAACCAUGGCAGUCGCAAAUCAUCAGAAAUGAGUGAAAACCCAAAUUGUGCUAUAAUGUUUUACUGGGAGCCUCUCAAAAGAAGUGUGAGAAUUGAGGGCAAAGUUGAACACAUAUCAGAAGAAGAUUCUGCAAAAUAUUUCCAUUCCCGGCCUCGGACAAGUCAGAUAGGCUCAAUGAGCAGUCAGCAGAGCACUGUUGUGGAAAGUAGGAAGUGUCUACAGGACAGAUAUGAUGAACUGAAAGAGGAAUAUAAAGACGAAAACAAAAUUAUUCCAAAGCCUGAAUUUUGGGGAGGUUACUUAGUAAAACCAAGUUCCUUUGAGUUCUGGCAGGGACAGACUAAUCGCCUUCAUGAUCGAAUGAAGUUCCGCCGUCAGAGGGAUGGAGAAGUUAUUGACUCAAAACUAACACAUUUGGCAGAUGAUGGGUGGGUGAUUGAAAGGUUGUCUCCAUGACAACUUUUAAAGGAUGAUGUUGGUGCGAAUGUUUGUUGAGAUGUUUGCUGAAACUCACUAAUUUGGAAUGAUCUUUUUGCAUUGUAUUUAAUGAAUAUGUGUUCAAAAUGGAAUACUCCAGAGAAGUAUUCUAAUAGGAUAACUUUUGACAAAGAUACAUUUUUAAAGUAGAAAACUGAAAACUUUUAUUAAUUUUUUUACGCCGCCGGAGAUGAUCGUAUAUUGGUGUCAUCUUCUCCAUCUGUCCCUCCGUACGUCCAUUUCUUGUGAAUGCAACUGCUCCUUAACUGAUCAUCAGAUUUUCAUGAAACUUGCUCAAUGUCUCUACUACAAUGGGUAGAUGUGCAUGAAAGGGCAAUUUUUUGGUUCGUGAUUUUUGUAAUAUUGAUGCCAUUUUCAACUUUGUAUCUGUAGCUUGCUCUUAGUGGAGCUUUGUGAAUGCAACUCCUCCUAAAGCAAUCAUCAGAUUUUCACGAAACUUGCUCAAUGUCAUGAAUACAAUGGUUCAAUAUGCAUGAAGGGGCGAUUUUACGGUUCAUUGAUUUUUGUAAGAUCUAUAUUUUGUGGCGGCGUAUAUUGUGUCCACGGCACUCUUGUUUGAUAUUUAGACUUUGAAAUGAUGAAGAUAAGUGUUAUCAGAUGACUAGAUUUUGUGAUAUUAACCUGAUAUUAGCAAUAUCAUGACCUGCUUAAGUCAUGAAGCCUACUAGAACUGCCUAAUAUUUCUAUACUUUAAACAAGUACUUCUUUUAUCUAAUGUAGUCAAAGUUCAAUUAAACAUAAUUAUGCUUCUUAAUUAAUUUGUAUUUACGCAACAGAAUACAAAUGAUAGAAUAAAAAUUUCAUUAAAUCCUAUUAAAGUUUAUAGAAAUAGGGUUUCCUGUGACCAGAUGUGACCUCCUUUGAGUCUGAGGUGUAGUAACUGAGGCCCACUGUUGAUUUGUUGGGUUGGUCAGAGAAAAACUCAAUGAUGAACAGACUUGAGCAAUAUUAACCGGCUGUUGUGUAGCCAGGUUGUGUGGAUCUUGACAGUUGUACAAGGUGCAAAACAGAGGAGGAUCUGUUUGGAAGGGGCUGAAAUGAAUGUAUUGACCCAUUCCCGUCCGAGGUUUGUGCCUUUAAACAUGCGGAGGAUGACCUGUUUGAAUGAGGUGGACUGUGUUAGUCUUGCCUCCUCCAGCGUUGAAAGAGUCGGGUCUCAGACAACACUGAUGUGAACCACUGGCACCAUGGAUUUUGUCCCCUUGGUUCUAGAGUUGGAUUCAUGACCUUUUAGGGAAACUAUGCAAUAUUCUGGUAACAUGUAGCCAUUUGUGUAUGGGUGAUCUGGUGUCGAUGUACUGCUAUUGGCACAAUGUUGGUCAGAUACCGUCACAGGUAACCUAAAACAUGUGAGAAUGGCUAAUUAAUACGAUAACAACCAUGCCAAAUUUUCUUUGAUUCUGCCUAAAACUUCCAGAGUUAUACUCAUGAGAUCUGCAGUAGCAAUGGGAAAAUGUUGAAAUUGUUGAUGCUACAAACCAAAUUACGGUGUCAAAUAAGAUGUCACAUGGGGACAAAAUCUACAGAAUUUCAUAGUAUGCACCUCAGUGCACCUAGUGGUAACAACAGAGUAUAUCAAAACACAAAAGUCUACUACGAUAUUACAGUGGAAUUUGUUUUAUAUUGAAUUAUGUCCAACUGUCCGUCAAACAUUAGUUUCAUACCUCUUUAAGGGGAGGCAACCUCAAUUUGUGACAUUUCUCACAAUCACAAAUGAUUUUUGUAAGGUUACAUCUUUAUAAUGUCUUAAAACAAUUAAUAUUAACAGAUGAUUUAAAUUUGGAAAUAUAUCGUAAUAUUUUGGUGUUUACCACUACAUGUGCUUACUGAACAGCUGUCAUGUUGCAAUUGAACUUUCUGAAGAGAAGUUUCAGAAGCAGGUGCAUAAGGAUCAAGAUAUAUAUAAAUGGACAUAAUUCAUUAAAAUGCCUUCUCAUGAUGCUUAAGGAUGAUUUUGACCAGUCUGGAUAAGCUUGGUAUUAAAUCCAUUACAACACUGUAUUUCAAUGUAUGUUUCUCGAUUCCUAAGUACACAUACCUUGUUACAACUUGUGUCAAAGGGAACUCUCUAUAAAAAUGGUUCUACAACAUUCCAAACAUGAAAUCUGUAAGGAAACCUUUACCCUACAUGUCAUGAAAAUUAGGAAAAUUCUCCCGGGUUAUGUGGUUACAGCACCGACCUUAAAUAUCUUCAACAACAGAUAAACACUGGAAAAAUCAAGACCUCAAAUUUUAUGAUAAACCCAAUAUAUAUCUAUGUUAUAAUCCAACACCACAAUUGUAAUGAUCUAUGAUUCCAAAGUGUUUAAAAUAUCCUGUAUUGGAAACAAACUGAACUUGAUUCUACGUUGAUUUUAUACUGAAGUAUUGCAGCCCAUUCCUUCUCGGGAUAUUUUGUAAUAUCCUUCAUUGUUGUUUACACUUAUGUCGAUACUUCUGAUGUUUUGGUUGUUUCUAUUAUCAGACGUUUGUUUAUUAUUGAAUUUUAUUUUUUAUUGAGUAUUUAAGGAACAGAUCAUGGUAUACAGCAUUAAUGACAGUACUUUGAUGUACUGUUCCAGUUGUUUAGUCCCACUGAUUUAUUUUUCAGAGUGAUCUCCAUAUUUGUUGUGACACCCUAUAUAUUUGUUAUUGUAUCUGUUUUUGCCACAUCGCUCAUGUUACACCAAAGUAUAGCAGUAUUUAACCUGUUGAUUAUAUUUUGAUAAUAUACAUGAUGUCUACCAAAUCUCAAGGGGUUAAGCAACAUUGGGAAAUAAAAUAUUUUGAAAUGCAA